CCGUGUGACCGGCCCCGUGUGAUAGAAUCCCUUCGGGGGGUGGAGGUGGUGGAUGUAGCUGCCGGAGGGGCCCACAGUGCCUGCAUCACGGCCAGCGGAGAGCUCUACACCUGGGGCAAGGGACGCUACGGACGCCUGGGGCAUGGAGACUCUGAGGACCAACUCAAACCCAAACUGGUAGCCGAAGCUUUCUCUUUUCUAAUCUCUUCUCUCAACUUCUCUUCUCUCAACUUCGCUUCUCUCAACUUCGCUUCUCUCAACUUCGCUUCUCUCAACUUCCCUUCUCUCAACUUCCCUUCUCUCAACUUCCCUUCUCUCAACUUCCCUUCUCUCAACUUCUCUUCUCUCAACUUCUCUUCUCUCAACUUCUCUUCUCUCAACUUCUCUUCUCUCAACUUCCCUUCUCUCAACUUCCCUUCUCUCAACUUCUUCUCUCAACUUCCCUUCUCUCAACUUCUUCUCUCAACUUCUCUUCUCUCAACUUUUCUCUUCUCUCAACUUCCCUUCUCUCAACUUCCCUUCUCUCAACUUCUUCUCUUCUCUCAACUUCCCUUCUCUCAACUUCUCUUCUCUCAACGUUUCUCUUCUCUCAACUUCCCUUCUCUCAACUUCCCUUUUCUCAACUUCUCUUCUCUCAACUUCUCUUCUCUCAACUUCUCUUCUCUCAACUUCCCUUCUCUCAACUUCCCUUCUCUCAACUUCUUCUCUCAACUUCCCUUCUCUCAACUUCUUCUCUCAACUUCUCUUCUCUCAACUUUUCUCUUCUCUCAACUUCCCUUCUCUCAACUUCUUCUCUCAACUUCUCUUCUCUCAACUUUUCUCUUCUCUCAACUUCCCUUCUCUCAACUUCCCUUCUCUCAACUUCCCUUCUCUCAACUUCCCUUCUCUCAACUUCUUCUCUUCUCUCAACUUCCCUUCUCUCAACUUCUCUUCUCUCAACGUUUCUCUUCUCUCAACUUCCCUUCUCUCAACUUCCCUUUUCUCAACUUCUCUUCUCUCAACUUCCCUUCUCUCAACUUCUUCUCUCAACUUCUCUUCUCUCAAACUUUUCUCUUCUCUCAACUUCCCUUCUCUCAACUUCCCUUCUCUCAACUUCCCCUUCUCUCAACUUCUUCUCUUCUCUCAACUUCCCUUCUCGAAACUUCUCUUCUCUCAACGUUUCUCUCAACUUCCCUUCUCUCAACUUUUCUCUUCUCUCAACUUCCCUUCUCUCAACUUCCCUUCUCUCAACUUCCCUUCUCUCAACUUCUUCUCUUCUCUCAACUUCCCUUCUCUCAACUUCCCUUCUCUCAACUUCCCUUCUCUCAACUUCUUCUCUUCUCUCAACUUCCCUUCUCGAAACUUCUCUUCUCUCAACGUUUCUCUCAACUUCCCUUCUCUCAACUUUUCUCUUCUCUCAACUUCCCUUCUCUCAACUUCUCUUCUCUCAACUUCCCUUCUCGAAACUUCUUCUCUCAACUUCCCUUCUCUCAACUUCUUCUCUCAACUUCUCUUCUCUCAACUUUUCUCUUCUCUCAACUUCCCUUCUCUCAACUUCCCUUCUCUCAACUUCUCUUCUCUCAACUUCCCUUCUCUCAACUUCUCUUCUCUCAACGUUUCUCUUCUCUCAACUUCCCUUCUCUCAACUUCCCUUUUCUCAACUUCUCUUCUCUCAACUUCUCUUCUCUCAACUUCUCUUCUCUCAACUUCCCUUCUCUCAACUUCCCUUCUCUCAACUUCUUCUCUCAACUUCCCUUCUCUCAACUUCUUCUCUCAACUUCUCUUCUCUCAACUUUUCUCUUCUCUCAACUUCGCUUCUCUCAACUUCGCUUCUCUCAACUUCGCUUCUCUCAACUUCGCUUCUCUCAACUUCCCUUCUCUCAACUUCCCUUCUCUCAACUUCCCUUCUCUCAACUUCUCUUCUCUCAACUUCUCUUCUCUCAACUUCUCUUCUCUCAACUUCCCUUCUCUCAACUUCCCUUCUCUCAACUUCUUCUCUCAACUUCUCUUCUCUCAACUUUUCUCUUCUCUCAACUUCCCUUCUCUCAACUUCCCUUCUCUCAACUUCCCUUCUCUCAACUUCUUCUCUUCUCUCAACUUCCCUUCUCUCAACUUCUCUUCUCUCAACGUUUCUCUUCUCUCAACUUCCCUUCUCUCAACUUCCCUUUUCUCAACUUCUCUUCUCUCAACUUCUCUUCUCUCAACUUCUCUUCUCUCAACUUCCCUUCUCUCAACUUCCCUUCUCUCAACUUCUUCUCUCAACUUCCCUUCUCUCAACUUCUUCUCUCAACUUCUCUUCUCUCAACUUUUCUCUUCUCUCAACUUCCCUUCUCUCAACUUCUUCUUCUCAACUUCUCUUCUCUCAACUUUUCUCUUCUCUCAACUUCCCUUCUCUCAACUUCCCUUCUCUCAACUUCCCUUCUCUCAACUUCCCUUCUCUCAACUUCUUCUCUUCUCUCAACUUCCCUUCUCUCAACUUCUCUUCUCUCAACGUUUCUCUUCUCUCAACUUCCCUUCUCUCAACUUCCCUUUUCUCAACUUCUCUUCUCUCAACUUCCCUUCUCUCAACUUCUUCUCUCAACUUCUCUUCUCUCAACUUUUCUCUUCUCUCAACUUCCCUUCUCUCAACUUCCCUUCUCUCAACUUCCCUUCUCUCAACUUCUUCUCUUCUCUCAACUUCCCUUCUCGAAACUUCUCUUCUCUCAACGUUUCUCUCAACUUUUCUCUUCUCUCAACUUCCCUUCUCUCAACUUCCCUUCUCUCAACUUCCCUUCUCUCAACUUCUUCUCUUCUCUCAACUUCCCUUCUCUCAACUUCCCUUCUCUCAACUUCCCUUCUCUCAACUUCUUCUCUUCUCUCAACUUCCCUUCUCGAAACUUCUCUUCUCUCAACGUUUCUCUCAACUUCCCUUCUCUCAACUUUUCUCUUCUCUCAACUUCCCUUCUCUCAACUUCUCUUCUCUCAACUUCCCUUCUCGAAACUUCUUUCUCUCACUCUCUAACUCACACACACAAAUGAUGUCCUGAUGCUGAGUGUAUCUCUGCCUCUCUGUGUGGGUCUCUCUCCAGGUGGAUGCUCUGCAGGGCCACAGGGUGAUAGAUAUGGCGUGUGGUAGUGGUGAUGCCCAGACUCUCUGUCUGACUGACGAUGACAUGGUAUGGUCCUGGGGCGAUGGAGACUAUGGCAAGCUUGGACGGGGCGGCAGCGACGGCUGCAAGGUUCCCAUG